ACCACAUUCCCUUGCAGGUAUGCAAUAUUGUUGCGUUGAUCGGUUGAUGCCAGAUGGCUUCGCAUGUUCUUCUCCAUCCAUUCAUACUCUUGUCACUAAACAAAUAUAAUAUUAAUGCAUGAUUUUUUUUCGACAAAAAAAAUGAGUCAGGUGAUAGUCUUUUAGAUGAUUGUCUUAUCACAUUCAUUGCAUAGAAUAUUUUUAAUUUUCUUUGAAGCGGAUUACAAUGAUAUAAUUGAGACUGGUAGACGGUUAUCCUGCCACUAAAUAAGCUGCAGUUCUUUUCUUUGUAGUUGACCUGUUCUCUCCAGCAAGAGAGUCGGUGUACUCUUCUUUGCUAGGGGAGCUUGCAGUUUUAUCUCUUUUGGUUGUCGUCUGAACGUGUGAACUCGUUGUAAUUUUGUUGUUAUGCUGGUAAUAAUGAAAUUUGGGCUCAGCACAAAGUGAAAAAAUGAUAUAAUUGAGGAUUUUUCAUGGUCCUCGUUAUUAGAAACAAAAAGUAACAUGGUAAUCAUCUUUGAACUGUUAUAGGCGUGUAAGCUCUUUUUAUGCAUGUUUUGGGCUUAAUUAAUAUACAUUUAGAUUAUUUGUAUUAUAUUAUAAUAUUUUUAUGCAUGUCACGGCUGAUUUGUCCUCUUUCCAUAUACUAGCUAGGCUUGUCAUGGCAGAGCUUCCAUCGCCAAGCCGAGUACGAGCCAUGGAUCUACUACCUGAUGACCUCCUCGCCGACGUCCUUACCCGCCUCCCACCAUGCAGCCUCGCCGCGUCACGCUGCGUCCGCAAGCACUGGUGCGCUAUCAUUGACACCCGACGCCUGCUACGCGCCGACCUCCUUCCUCUCCGCCUUGAUGGCUUCUUCUGCGUCCUGGCGGAGACGCCCCGCAACUAUGACGACGACACGUUUUGUCUCUUCUUCUCACGCCCCUCCACGGCAUGCCGGAUCAACGCCGACCUCUACAUCUUGGACCACUGCAAUGGCCUCCUCUUGAUUUGGGGUGUGAAUCCCUAUGUGAUUAACCCUGCCACACGGCAACGGGUGCCUUUGCCUCCCUUCCCGGAGAUCACACGGCAAUGGGUGCACUUCAAAAGUUUUUUUUUCCUUGCAUACGAUCCCAUGGUGUCACCGCACUAUGAGGUUGUUCUUAUCCCUGUUCCCAGAACAGGAGCUAAUAACAUCGAACUCAAGGAAUCAUCGGAGUGGCCACCAUCACCGUUCACGACGCAGGUCUUCUCAUCGAGGAAAUGGAGGUGGGAGGAGAGGUCCUUUGUUCGGGAAGGAGAGGCUGCCGAGACCAUUGCCGACAUGCAGUACCACAGGUUCGAAGCCGUCUAUUUGCGGGGAGCACUUUAUGUGCAUUGCCGGAAUGGCUCUGUUAUGAGAAUAGCCUUGCAGAACGACAAGUACCAAAUGAUUAAAUCACCAGCAUGGAAUGAAGAUCUUGCUUACUACUUGGGGAAAUGUGAGAGAGUGGUGUACUUUGGGUCACUUUCGGAAGAGAAUAUGUGGCCCCGGUUCCGAGCUUGGUUGCUCAAUGAAUCAUGCGGUCAGAUGGAGUGGGUUUUGAAGAAUGAUAUCAGCCUUCAAGCGGUGGUGGAAAAUUUCACAAACGUUUACACCGAUAGAUAUAGCACGCCAUGGAUUGUUAACUACCAGGAUGAAUCUGAUUGGGUUAACUACCAAAAGGAUGUGAGUGAAGUGCAGCCCGAGGAUGAAUCUGAUUGGGACUUUGACAGUGGUAUCGUCCUUCAUGAAACCAAAGAUAAGGUCGCAACAGACUAUGCUCCAAUGUUGUUCCUCGGAUUCCAUCCUUACAAGAAGAUUGCUUUCUUUUUGUUAUCAAGGAGCUCAAGAGUAGUAUCUUACCAUUUGAAUACCUCAAAGGUCCAAGAGUUGGGAAUCCUAGACGAGUUAUUUUCAGUAAGUUCAUUUCCAUACACACCAUGCUGGAUGGCGUUGUUUGAAAACAAUUAGCUCAUAGACUUCCUACAUGAUCUACAACAUGCUAGUUAGUCCACAUGUAACUUGGAGGUCUAAAACAAUUUGAGAAUUAGAUGAUGCGCAUAAUAAGCAGCUAAACGCUAAUGUGUAUGCAUUCUACUCGAGACA